UUUACACUUUUGUUGUAAAUUCCCGUUCCUGCGGGACUAUCUGUAAACAGGCAUCAUGGCGACGUCGCGGGAAGGUCAACCCGAGGCAGAUCGGAUCGCGGAUGAUCCACCUCCGGCUGCCAACAAUGCCAACGUGGAAGCACCAAGGGAGGAAGAUGCUACGGACUUUGUCACUCCACCUCCCUACUCAACACUAUCUGCAAAGGUGAAAGAAGCGAGGCAGUCAUCAACAAGCACAAGGCACUUUUUAGGAACUGUCUUGGUCCUGUUCUGCGGCACAGUGGGUCUGACCUAUCUGCUGGUCGUCACAGUGGUCAUACCAAUAGUAAUGGUUGUCAUAGGUUCCUACUACCUGAACGACUGCCCCAUUGAGAAGCACAUCCCCAUUUACCUUGUCACUGGGGGCGUUGUUGGAGUUGUAAAGCUGCUGUUGAGCAUCUACAGUCGUUGCACGAAGCAUAAGCGUCCCGAACAUGAAGCAGAAGGUCCACACGACAGAGAAGCCAUGUUCUGCGACAUGGUCCUAAAUUGCUUCCUCUUCGGAUGGUACAUUGCAGGAUGUGUCUGGAUUUUUGGGGCUUACCUGCCAGACUUCAGUGAUCCGGGGAGCCUGGAGUACUGCAACAAGACACUGUACUACUUUGCUUUUGCCGUUGUGGCCUCGGGAAUAAUUUUUUUGGUUGCAAUUGCCUCAUGUGCCUGCUGUGUCAUUCUGUACCAUGCCUGCUGUAAGAGACAGAGAUACUAGUUCUGUGAUCAUGAGAUUGUGUACAACGUUCAACUUGUUGUACGCAGUAUGGUGGAGUUAAUUUGCCUCAAGCAUUGGGGCUUAUUUUUCUCCUUCUCAACUUCAUUGAAUUUUUGUUUACUCUUAGUUUCUUUCAUCAAUGCUUAGUAAGCAUGUGUUCAGCAAUUCUAAGUCGUUUCAGAUCACAAGCUUUCUUCUUGUAGCGAACACUUUUCUUUUUUUUUUUGUAACCAUUUUAAUGUCUUAACGAGGGUCUCACAUUUAUGUUCUGAUAUUUAUUGACAUAUUUAUUAAUGCACACUUGCUUCUUCAUAAUGAGCUAAGAGUGCAAAAUAUUUAAGCGUGUUCGUAGAGCAACCCUUAAAAACUCAAAUAAGAUGGUACCUUUGUGGAUAUGCAGCACAUCAAAUGCAACAGAUCGGGUAAUCCCACUGCUACUUAACUUCACCAUUGCACAAAUGCAGCCUAUUUUUUAUUCAGAGGUGCUCUGUUGAUAUGCAAAAAUGGCUCUUGCAAGUGAUACUUCUUGACCAGUGGUUGAUCCCCCCACAGGUAGUUGCCUCCCAAGGGAUACAGGUAUCUUUGUCAUGUCAGCAUUUGAUGACAGUGACCAGUGAUAAAGGUGUGGGGUGAAUUAUGUAUACUGUAAUCGUUACUACAAUGAAAAUUUUAUAUUACAUGAGGCUGUUUUCAGGUUGAACAUCUUACACAUGCAUAAAAUUAAGUAAAAAUAUGCGCAGUACAGCACAACUGUAGCACAAGCAUGCAUAGAAUUUGUUUUUCAAACUUGCUCUGAUCCCAUACAUGUCCAUACCAAAAGAUACCAUACCAAAGAUUUUUUGUGAUUUCUGUAGACGAUGUAACAGAUGGAUCGAAGUGUGCUGUGGCACUCCUGUAGAUGUGCAAAACGACAACACACACAUAACUUAUACCCCUGUCACAUGGGCAGUCUUCAAUAAUCAUUGAAACCAAUCGUCAUUGAAAAUGCGUGUAGCGCCACCUUGCGUGUAACGUGUCAACCUGUCGGGGAACAUUGAAUCCAAUACUCUUUGGGAAGUUGACACGUCACACGCUUGGUGUCACUACACGCAUUUUCAAUCGUCAUUGGUUUCAAUGAUCAUUGAAGACUGCCCGUGUGACAGGGAUAUCAGUACCACGACCUGCUAAUAGUCUUACUAGUAGUAGGCUGCACUGGUGCACCACACAUAUGCCGCAAUAUGUGGUGCAGCAGACAUUGCACUAUUCACGAAAGCAACAUGAUGUCGAUCGGUCACGAGUCUCUUAGAGCAAUAGCUAGUGCAAUAACUAGUGCAGCACUCUCUGAAUUCUAUUAUGGCAGCUUUUCACAACCAAUGGACAUGCCUGUUUUACGUGAUACUCCAUCUGUUUUGCCGUCAUAUUUGCACUUUUGGGACGAGUGGGACGAGCUCGCUCAUUGUCCGCAAUAGUGUAGAAAUGAAUUAACAUUGUCAUAAACAUUUCAUUGCAAAUAAAGCUGUAUUUGUGUUCACUUUUUCGAGCUUCACGGAAGUAGAAAGUGCGUCAGGUGGUACAUAGAGUUUAUUUACAUUUUACUUACUCUUUGCUUAUACUACUUGCAUGGUUUGGUGGUACAUAGUACCAUGUUCUACGUAUAGUGUUUUGCAUUGCUGUGGGAUGCGGUUUUGGAAGUGUGAUAUUUAUCUCAUCCUGAGUGUGUGAGAUCGGGUGUCAUAUAGGUAUUUAUUAUAUUUGUACACUGCUUUUUUGCGUGUGUUUGCAGUUAGAACUUCAUUAAUAAAGGUGCAAACAUGAUUCCACUAUCAAAUGGAUGAAGUCCAUGUCAA